UAAUUAUUAAAUGAAAUGUAUGGUUCUCCUAUCGCUUCAGCGGGAAUAAUAUACGUGGACAAAAUCGCCGAGACGGGCAACUGCUACUGGGUUUCGCCGUGGCAUGUGAACGCAUGGAGAUAUGCCAGGGAUGACUGCUAUCUAUCAUUCGCGGAACUGCUAAUAAUCGAUAGCGAGAACGAGCGGCGUAUUGUGCGCGAAGUGUUGGUGCAGAACUUAGAUAUUUAUAAUAGGCUAACUGACGUGCUGUGGGUGGGCAUUAGCCGUGACUACUACAGCUACGUGUGGAGCACCGUGGAAGACGAGUUGCUGGACGAGGGGUUCGCGCCGUGGGCGGUUGGCCGGCCCAGCGGCCACCAGUAUCGGACAUGUGGCUCCAUUCGCAAGUACGACGUCCACUACUAUGACGACUUUUGUUUUAGCGAUAUUUAUGAUACGCGGUAUUAUAGCGAACUACAUUCUACACAUUUCGUCUGCAAGAAGCGCGUGGUCAGCGAGCUCCUGCGGUACACUUGAAUGACGACGAGGGGAGCCCUACCACGAGGGCUAAUAAUAGAUAAUAAAAAGUUAAAAUUCA